UAUAUAUAUAUAUAUAUAUAUGUAUAUAUGUGUGUGUGUGUGUGUGUAUAGUAUCUUCUUACAUAACUGUCCUGUCAGAAAUAGAUAAGAAUAAGCGUGGAAUUUGGAUCAUGUUGAAAAAUCUUUAUGGCUUCGGUGAAAAUGUUACAUCAUCCAUCUUUAUUUCAAGACUUUCGGUUUCUUUAACGGGGAAAUUAUCAAAGUUUAAAUGAUAAUAUGUAAUUUUUUUAACACGUCCCCCAUUCGCUGGACUUGCAGAGGACUGGGGCGGGGGGGGUCCUCUGACCCCUCCUGAGGAUCCGCUCAGAGACAGCUGAAUGUUUGGCAUAGCAACUGGUUUUCAGGCUGCUUCCUGCUUCUGCAGCUGCCUUCUGGCUGCAGUUUUAAAGCAACAGUGUUGUUGUAUUUAACGUAGGAAGUAAACCCGAAAAACAUGCUUUAAAUGUUGGGUUUAACUUCUCUGAGCGCUGUGGCCCCCGCUGAGUUCUCUGGGGGGGGGGGGGUUGUUGUUGUUGUUGAUGCUGCGAUGGGAAACAAUUACCCUCGUCUGUUCCCCUCUGCUCUCCGGGAAUAAUGAUUUGUUUGUCUGGUGCAAGUUGUGCCCUGGAGGAGCGUUCACGUGCGUGCGUGCGUGUGUGUGUGUGCGUGUGUGUGUGUGUGUGUGUGUGUGUGUGUGUGUGUGUGUGUGUUACCCUGGGUGGUUCCCUCCUUUCAUCAUGCUGUUUAUUCCCCACCCUCCACCACCAGGGGUGUGUGUGUGUGUGCUGACGUCUCCAGACUCCGGUGUACAGUACAGUCCCUCUCUCAGCUGCAGCCACUGUGUUGCGACACCGACUGUCAGAAACAGAUGAAGCUCGAUGUGUGUGGAGUGGGCGGUCUGGCUCUAUUAAUACCACCUAAUGAACAUAAUCUGCAGGGUCGGUUAUCCUCUUACAUUUGUUGGCUGAGGGGAGGAGUGGAGAGCGAGAGAAAGAGGAGGGAAAAAGAAAAGCUCUGUCCUGCUGUGUUUCUACAUCGAGUGUGUGUGUGUGUCUCUCUCUCUCUCUCUCUCUCUCUCUCUCUCUCUCUUUCCAGUAAAUGGAAGGAAUAGAAAGCUCAACAGAUGUUUAAAGUUUCGUUUCUCCCCCUGUGUAUUUUGUCAACACCUUCCUCUUCUCCGCCUCUUAACUCUCUGGAUGUGUUUGUACCAGAGCACACGGCCUGUUAACUCCACUGUGCAGGACAGUGUGUGUGUGUGUGUGUGUGUGUGUGUGUGUGUGUGUGUGAGAGAGAACACACACACACCGAGUACUUUAGGAUUAAAACACAAAGUUGCUGAGUUCGCACGGCGGGAGCUCCUCUCCAGUUAUGAACUCUCCACCAUCUUACUCAGGAGCCAGAAUAUCUGGCUGUUGGACUCUCAGAUCUGACGGCAGCGGAGGCGGCGAGGGCUCUCUGGACCGGCUCCUCCCCGCGGUCGGCACGGGGCUUUCCCCGAGGAAGAGGACCACCAGUCAGUGCAAGUCGGAGCCGCCUCUCCUGCGCACCUCCAAGAGAACCAUCUACACCGCCGGCCGGCCGCCCUGGUACAACGAGCACGGGGCGCAGUCCAAGGAGGCCUUCGUCAUCGGUCUGUGCGGCGGCAGCGCGUCGGGGAAGACGACGGUGGCCCGCAAAAUCAUCGAGGCCCUGGACGUGCCGUGGGUCGUGCUGCUCUCCAUGGACUCGUUCUACAAGGUGUGUGUGUGUGUGCGUGUGUGUGUGUGUGUGUGUGUGUGUGUGUGUGUGUGAGUGUGUGAGGCCGAC